CUCAAGCGUUAUGGCUGAACAGGAAAUGCCCGCACCUCUGAAAUCUCUCAACUCGGAUAAUCCAACAUUUAUCUCUUUUAUUAAUAGAUCCAACCGGAAUGCCGAAGCAUGGUGGCUAGACUUUAAGGGGGAGCCGGUGUCUUACGGCGACAUACAACCGAGGACAUCGCUUAAGAUGCGCACUUAUCUGACUCAUCCGUGGAUCUUCCGAGCAUCUGAUGGAGCUAAACUGCUGGCUAACCUCAGUGAAGUUUACUUUCCGACUCCAGUACAGUAUGACGAGUUCGGAUACCCGCGGUACCAGCCUGUCUAUGUGACUGCACCAGUGUACUCAUUACAAGAAUACUGUAUACGGUUAAUCAGGAGUUUGGUGAGAAAAGAAGACAUCCGCAAGCUGGAAAUCCCCGAGGGUUUGAGAAAAGACCUCAGACGUGAACCGGAUCUAGUGAGAGACAUUCAGAUUUUAUCUGCCAAGAGAUCAAUAAAUGGCUCAAAGUAACACAUUUACCUCAGACAGGAAGCACAACUCAUAAUACGUCAUGUUCAAAGUGAAAGUAUGCACAAGAUGGUACUUUCACUUUGAACGUGUGGAAAAAGUUACAUUUUUAUCUUUCUUAUUUUGUUUUCAUGCAAUGACAGGGCAUCAGCACUUUGUUAUAUGUGACCCAGACCACAAAACCAGUCAAACGUGUCAAUUUUUUUUUUGAUUUACACAUCAUAUAAAACUGUAAUAAAUAAUUGAUGUAUGGUUUGUUAGGAUAGGACAAUAUGUAGUCCAGACACAACUAUUUGAAUAUCUGAAAUCUGAGGGCGUAAAAAAAAACAAAAUAUUGAGAAAAAUUGCCUUUAAAGUUGUCCAGCAAUGCACAUUACUAAUCAAAAAUAAGGUUUAUAAAUAUUUACGGUAGAAAAUGUACAAAAUAUCUUCAUGGAACAUGAUCUUUACUUAAUAUCCCAAUGAUUUUUGACAUAAAAGAAAAAUUGAUCAUUUUGACCCAUACAAUGUAUAUUUAGCUAUUGCUACAAAUACACCCGUGCUACUUAAGACUGGUUUUGUGCUCCAGUGUCACUUAUUUUCUCGAUCAAUCUUGACCUCACUGUUGUACAUGAAAACAGCAAAUAGGGGUUAAAAGGGUUUUAUUUCAUUUUUUCUUUUCUUUACACCAAAGAACAUUAUUAAAUUAUAUGACAUCGCAGUUCUUAUGUAACCAUUCUGAAAAAAUAAAAAUCAAUAACAGCAAUAUAUUUAUAGUUUCUGAUAAGAAUUUGUAUUUUUAUUAUGAGGAAUAUUGCACUUUGGAUACAGGCAUAGAGAUCCCUGAAUAUUAUCUUGACAAUUAUUUUGUACUUGUUCAUUAAAAUGAGCAAACUGACAUAUUGCAAAA